AUGGGGCUUCCCAGGCCAAAGAGGUUAAAGAAGACGGAAUUCAGCUUGGAGGAAAUAUAUACCAAUCAGAAUUACAAAUCGCCCCCGGCAACCAGGUGCCUGGAAACCAUUUUUGAAGAGCCAAAAGAGAAAAAUGGGUCUUUGAUCUCUAUCAGCCAGCAGAAGAGAAAACGGAUUUUGGAGUUCCAGGACUUCACCGUUCCCCGGAAGAGGAGGGCUCGCAGCAGAGUCCGGGUGACGGGUGGCUACACUCGGGCGCAGAAGGCGGCCAUGGAAGGGAGAGAACUUGACAUCCUUCUCAUUCAGAAACUGACCGACCUUGAGACGUUCUUUGCCAAGGAGGAGACAAAGGAACAAGCCUCAUUGUGUAGUUGAGU